AUGCGCGACAUGUCCUCCAAAUUCAUUGAGAUCCUCGACCCCAACGAUACUCGUCCCCGCAUCUCACACUGCGAUGUACGUCUCGAAGACGUCCUGGCCGACCAUGAAGCCUUCGUGACCCGACCGCGAUCCUCCACUCAAUCCUCCUCCAAGCCGAGUCUAGACAAAGACCGUCUCGACCGCGAGCAACCCACCUCUCCGACGCAGCGCUGGAAACGAUUCAGCACGAUGCUCGCAUAUUUCAUGAUGAAGGGAUAG